UCUCACGUACAUCUCUGCUCCAGUGAGGUGAGGGUCAGAUCAAGUGAGGUUUGGUCUCUGUAUGAAAUGCUGGUUGCUGAAUAAUACAGCGCUGAAAUUGGUGGACUUAUGAAAGAAAAGGCUCCUGGAGAUGCUGCUGACUGCCCUGCACCUCCCUGCGUGAGCCAGCAGAGAAUGGAAGUGACCAGAAUCAGCCGGGCAAAGGACUCUCCACCGAGCACUGCGAUGUCAUCCCCCUGAAGAUGGGAGUUACAAAUGGCCCUGUGAACUGCACGUGUGGCACCUGCACUGCCAGACCCCUCUCACAGUAGCCCGAGGCUGCCGCAGGACAGGCAGACAUUGGCCACAGCAGCUCAUAUCCUGUGAACUCGUCUGUGAAAACAUCCUUGGGAAAGCUUCUUUCUCCUUCAGUGCAUGCUGCUGGCGGGUGCCUGUGCCCCGUGUGCCACAGCAGCGUUCCCUGCCCGUCACUGGGGUGGGUAUCAGGCUGUGCACCCUCCCUGCCCCAGCCAGACCUGCGGCAGUGGAGCACGGAGCCGUGCAGCUCUGUCCCCGGGGACAAAUGCCAGCUGCCAGACUCUGCUCUGGAGACCCAGGAGCAGCCUGUGAGGCACCAGCACUGACUGCUCCCACGGCAGCAGCAGGCGGUCCGGGACACCUCUURUCAAAGAUGUGACUGGUGCUGGGACAGUUCUCCAGCCGGGGGCACGGCAUGCGGCAGGGACGGCCAUGCUCUGCGUUCACCGGGCAGCCUCCCGCUGCUAGCCUGGACUUUCCUCCUGCUCUUCCCUAAAGGAUGCUGGCUGCCUGUCCAAAAGCUCCUGCUGAUGCAGCCUGCUAGAGUGCCAUGGCGAAGGGUCUGCAGGGCUUGUCGUGGACCAUGCUGCUGCUGUUGUGCGCCAUCCAGGAGCUGGGGUCCUGGGCCAUGCACACGGCGGUGGAGGGCCCUGGCCUGGGGCAGCCCGGGGACCCUGCGCUGCUGGCCGGCGGGCGAGUGAAGCGUGGCUGGGUGUGGAAUCAGUUCUUUGUGGUGGAGGAGUACACGGGCACGGAGCCGCUCUAUGUGGGGAAGAUCCACUCGGACUCAGAUGAAGGAGACGGCUCCAUCAAGUACACCAUCUCCGGGGAGGGCGCAGGGACCAUCUUCCUCAUCGAUGAGAUCACGGGUGACAUCCACGCCACCGAGCGCCUGGACCGGGAGCAGAAAACCUUCUACACUCUGCGGGCACAGGCCCGCGACCGGCAGACAGACCAGCUGCUGGAGCCCGAGUCAGAAUUCAUCAUCAAAGUGCAGGACAUCAACGACAGCGAGCCACGCUUCCUGGAGGGGCCCUACAUCGGCAGCGUGGCGGAGCUGUCCCCCAUCGGCACCUCUGUGAUGCAGGUGAUGGCCUCUGAUGCCGAUGACCCCACCUAUGGGAGCAGUGCCCGGGUUGUCUACAGUGUGCUGGAGGGAGAGCAGCACUUCACCGUGGACAGUAAAACAGGUGUGAUCCGGACAGCCGUGGCAGACCUGGACCGUGAGACACAGGACCGCUACGAGGUGGUGAUCCGUGCGACAGACAUGGCAGGACAGCUGGGUGGCCUGUCUGGAUCCACCACUGUCACCAUCGUGGUCACUGAUGUCAACGACAACCCACCACGCUUCCCUCAGAAGAUGUAUCAGUUCAGCAUUGUCGAAACGGCCCCCGUGGGCACUGCCAUYGGGAGGGUGAAGGCAGAGGACUCCGACGUCGGGGAGAACACGGACAUGACCUAUCAAGUGAAAGAUGAGGAAGGGGUGGAGAUGUUCAAAGUCACCACGGACAGCAAUACCCAAGAGGCUGUCAUCACGGUGCAGAAGCCUCUUGACUACGAGUCAAAAAAAGUGCACACUGUCGUGGUGGAGGCCCUCAACAAGUUCGUGGACCCGCGGUUCGUGGACCUGGGCACCUUUCGGGACCAGACCAUCGUGAGGGUCUCAGUGCUGGACGUCGAYGAGCCCCCCGAGUUCCGGCCCCCCUCCAACCUGAUGGAGGUCCAGGAGGAUGCUCACGUUGGAUCUGUCGUGGGGGUGGUCACUGCCCUGGACCCAGACACAGCGAACCAUCCCGUCCGGUAYGCCAUCGACCGCAGCACGGAUGCUGAGAGGAUCUUUGACAUCGAUGCCAAAACAGGCGCUAUUGUGACAGGAAAGGUCCUGGACCGGGAGACAGCAGGGUGGCACAACAUCACCGUCCUGGCCAUGGAAGCAGAUAAUCACUCGCAGGUGUCGAGGGCCUCUCUCCGUAUCCGUAUCCUGGACGUCAAUGACAAUCCACCUGAGCUCGCCACCCCCUACGAGGCCGCAGUGUGUGAGGAUGCCAAGCCAGGCCAGCUGAUCCAGACAAUCAGCGUUGUAGACCGGGAUGAGCCUCAGAGCGGCCACCGCUUCUAUUUCACGCUGGCGCCUGAAGCCAACAACCACCAUUUCUCUUUGUUGGAUAUCCAGGACAACACGGCGGCGGUGCACACACAGAGAGUGGGCUUCAAUCGCCAGGAGCAGGAUGUGUUCCUGCUCCCCAUCCUGGUGGUGGACAGCGGCCCCCCAGCCCUGAGCAGCACAGGGACCCUGACCAUCCGUGUCUGUGGCUGUGACAGCACCGGGGCCAUCCAGUCCUGCAACAGCACAGCCUACGUGGUGUCGGCCACGCUGAGCCCCGGCGCCCUCAUCGCGCUGCUGGUCUGUGUCCUCAUCCUGGUUGUGCUGGUCCUUCUGAUCCUCACGCUGAAGCGACACCACAAAAGCCACCUGACAUCUGAGGAUGACGAGGACAUGAGGGACAAUGUCAUCAAAUACAACGAUGAAGGGGGUGGUGAGCAGGACACAGAGGCCUAUGACAUGUCAGCCCUGCGCAGCCUCUACGACUUCAGUGAGAUCAAAGGUGGUGAUGGAGGUGGGGCGCCMGGAGAGGGGGGCCCGGGCAGAAACCCAACCUCCGAGCUCCACGCCCUCCCACAGUGGGUGCAGAGCCCAGACCUGGACUUCUCUGUGUUCAGAGACUACAUCUGCCGGAAGGUGGAGCAGGCGGAUGAGGACCUGUCUGUGCCGCCCUAUGACUCGUUCCAGACCUAUGCCUUCGAGGGCUCGGACUCGCCAGUGCCCUCCCUGAGCUCCAUCAACACCUGGUCCAGCGGCUCGGAGCAGGACUUCUCCUACCUGGGGGGCUGGGGGCCCCGUUUCCGGCAGCUGGCAGCGCUGUACGCGGGGCGCAGGGGCGAGGAGGACAGCGAGGARUCCUAGCUGCCCCUCCAAACCCGCAGGAUCCCGGUGCCCCUGCACUGGGAAUCCAGGCUGGAGCUGCCACACGGGAAUSGAGCGCCCCUGGGCUGGACUCCACGGCUGCCGGAGAGGGGCUGAGCUGCUGGCACCGGGUGAUGCUCCUCUGCAGCUGCCUCCGGGCUCGGGUGGGCUCCACACCCUCGUGGGGAACGCAGAGGAGCCACUGGGGUGUCCUCAUCUCCUCAAAGCCAGUCUCCGUCAAAGCACUACRCGUUAACUUAAGAAAGAGAAAAUCUAAUUCAAGAGGGUUUGGAGAGGGUUUCUCCCCCAGAAAUUAUCAUUUAAAUAGAUCUGUUCGGUGAUCCCCAUCCAGGAGAGGAAGAGCAAACCGGGAGCCUUUUGUUGUCUAAAUUGUUUUUGUCACUUGAGUCAGAGCAUUUGAAGAGCUUUGAUUUCUUUAAGAGCUUUCCUUGCAGAGGGAAACAAGCUUUUAACUUCUGUUCCGAUUUCCCCCUCUUAAGUUUACUUGUUUUUGAAGUCUUCCUUCUCUCUGCUCCCCUGGGCCUCUCAGUAGCCCCCGGCUGCCGGUGUGGUGUGGGAGGGAGGAUGCCACGCUGGGAUUACAGAGCGGCCACUCACCUCAGACCAGGCUUCACCUCCGUGCUGCGAUGGCUUCACCCCUGUCUGGUGGUCACCGAGGUGCUGGAGAUGUAAAGGGAAUCCCCAACACUCCCUGCACAGCAGAUGAUUUCUGAUGUGGCCCACAGUCCCGGUGGCAGACGGGGACAUCCCACUGUCACCGAGGCGCAGAGCAGCUGCAGGACCGGGGAGCRCCAUCAGAGGGGCCAGGGCAGCACCCCCAGGUGGGUUCUGCCGGUCCCUCACACAGUUCCUGGGGUUUGCAGGGCUGUCAGCAGGCACUGGCUGUCACCAAAGUGUGUGAGCUGUGCAGGGCAGCAGGCAAGGGGUCAUUGCUCCCACAGUGGCUGGGGGAGAGCUGCAUCCCAUGGAGGACCAUGCYGCAAGGUGUGGGAGAGCCCCAGUCCCUGGCUGGGAGAAAUAAUUYCUGCUUACACCCAGCUGACAGCAAAGCAUCACCAUUAGAAACAGAACAGCCGUUCCCAGGAGAUGUGCAUGAGGCCACAACCUGCUGGCACUGCUCUGUGGCCCAGCUGGCUGCAGGCUGGGCAGCAGGUCUGUGACACCUUGGGGUACCCACAGCGUCCCCACCCCAGCACAGCACCCUGCAGCAAACCAGCACGAGCUCCCAGUAGGACUGYUUUUGGAUGUAAUCCCUGGGCUUGGCAGGCAGGUCAGGAAAAUGCCAAUGGGAUGUGCCAUUGCUCCUCAGGCUGCAGCUGCUGCUGGGGGCAAGCACUGGCUGCCCUGUGCCUUGCCAGCCUACCAACUACCASAGGGAAAACUGAACAGUCUGUAGAGUGAUGUCCUCACGCAGCAUCUCAGGCUGUCCUGGCUGRUGCAGCUCCUUAUCUGCUCAUGUUGGGAAAAAAUCAAUUAUAUCAUUGAUAGGUAACUGAUACGGUCUCCCAAGGCCCGACACAUGCUGGGCUUGUCAUUGGGUUUGUCCUUUUAGUUUAACCACAAACACUGUUUUCUCUCCUCGGAGAAGGUUUAACUGUAAAUGUACACAUGUGCCCAUUUUUUUAACUGUGUUGCUUCCCGGUUGCUGGUGUUGGUUGUUUGGCUGCAGCACAAGACCCAGCAGCAGAGAGGGACAAGAUCUGUGUUUGCCAUGGUGCCUGCCCUCGGCUGCUCCUGCCCACUGCCACCAUGGCCCUGUGCUGAGCCCCAGCUUGGGGCCAGCUCCUGCUCCUCACUGGCCAGGGCCUCUCUGGUCCCACCGAGGACACGAUGGGUGCUGUGGCUGGCACCAUGCCCAGCGUGCUGCUGGUUCACUGUGAUGAUGCCAGGGAGGCAGCAGAGCCCUCGAGUGCCAGCUCUGACCACACCACCUCAAACAGGCRAUGCCCCACACCCUCGAGCGAGCAGGUGAACAGAGAAAGCCCUCUCUUUCCUCAGGAAUGUGUUCGUGUUUUCCCUCUGGGCUGCAGAGCCGUGCCCGAGCCCCUCCGGCACUGGCCCUUCCUCUAGCCAAGUGUUGUGCAAUAGCAGGGCUCUGUCCUAGGAGAUGGGGUCUGACAGGGUAMGUGUUUAGCCCCCUCCCAGCGGGUUUUCCCCCACCCUGCCCACCCGUGCUCCCGGCGCGCAUGCACGCACGCUUGCCAUUUAGUUCCUACCCCACAUGUAAAUACGGGAGGAGUGGGGGCUGUGCUGCCCGUGCCCCCUGCUCUGGCAGCUGCCACCACAUCUGAUGGAGUCACUUCGGUUYUGUUUCUCUACCCAAAUGAAAUUAGAAGGUUGAUUUCCUCACCCUUGUUAUUUUUUCAAGGUCUUUCUGGGACCUGGAAAUAAAUUAUUUCCUUGUCGUCUA